AUGGCAAGUAUUUCUACCUCCAGGCUUAUUUCCCAUCUACAAAAAAAUCUCUUUGCUGCUCAAUCCCGCCCUCUUCCUCCCUCGCACAUCUCUGCUCGGGGACUACAAGCAUCUUCUCAUUUUCCCACCAACACCGCUUCUCACCCCGCUAACACCCCUUCUUACCCUGCCAACACCCCUUCUUACCCUGCCAACACCCCUUAUUACCCGGUCAACACCCCUAUUCCGCCCCUCAGGACCAGCAACCCCGUUAGGAGCAACCAACCCGUUAGUCUCACCGUCUACCCCGAACCCACCAACCACGCCAUUAGCAACAACGGGCCAAAUGGAAAUGGAAACAUCAUUCCACUCAAUAGUGCCAAUCCACUCGACAACAAUCAGCCAUUCGGACACCACUAUCCAACCAACAACCCAACGGGUGCUUCGCUUCACAAUGUGGCACCGCACUCACUUCAAAAUCAUGAUGGUCAACCCAUGAGUUCCGAUUAUCAUCCAAAUAACCACCACCUGGCCGGCACUCCCAAUCUUGGAGUUAGUCACAACGCCGUCCCCAAUCAUCCUCAGCCUCAUCCUGCGGCUCCAUCAGCCCACGCCACCACUCACAUGCCUUCUGUCAUGGCGAGACCUGCUGUCGCAAGCCCUCCUGCCGCGAGACCUGCUGUCAUAAGACCUCCUCGUCCAAGUGGCCAACCUCGCGUUUGCAAGGGUUCUCGGAAGCAAGGCGUCCACUACCCUUGCGUCAGAAACCCCCCUAAUAGGGUUUGGAAGACCAAGGGCCACGCCAGGACGUGCCGUGAAUGUUUGGCAAAUAAGCCGUCCGAAAAAGCAUGCAGGCAUAUGGACGCGCUGGAGGCAGCCGGAUUGGAGCCCUGCUCGAAUUGCUAUGUGAAGGCAGCCAGGGGUAACGGGGGCUUGUGUGCGGACUGCCUGGCGGACAAGGAAGCUAAUUCCAAAUUGAGAAAGCAAGGAAAAGGCAAGGGAAGGAAGAAGGGUGACGAUAACGUGCCGAGGGGCGGCCCUGGCGGUGGUCCGCCCAAGGGAAAUGGUGGUGGUGGUGGGGGGUCGGGCCCGGCUCCUGGUGCGGUUGGUGUCGUACUGAGCGGCAUCGACCAAAUGGCCUACUAG